AUGGCCGACAAAAUUAUAUUUCGCGACCUCGAAGUGCGCACUGUACUCGGAAGCGAUGCCUGGGAGCGCAAAAAGCCGCAGCCACUGCUAAUCACCGUUGAAAUUCACACGUCAAUAACAUCGGCCGGCAAGACAGACAAAGUGACGGAGAGCGUGCACUAUGGCAUUGCUUGCAAGCGGGCAACAUCAUUUGCAGAGAGCGAGCACAAGCUGCAGUCGCUCGAGGCCUUUGCCGAGGGCGUUGCGCACGCCUGCCUUGGCGUCACCACCCGUGCCCUAGCUGUCCACGUCAUUGUCAACAAGCCGCGGGCCCUGCUACACGCCGAAUACGCUGGAGUCGAGAUCUUCCGCACGCGCAAAGAGCUGCUGGAGCGCGUGGAUGCAGAGAAUUCCGCCGGACGGCUGGCCAAAGAGGAUCGCAUUAUUGUCAAGACGCUGUCGCUGAGCACAGUCAUUGGGGUGAAUCUGUGGGAGAGGCACUACAAGCAGGUGGUGAAUUUUGACUUGGUUCUGCACUCGGAAAAGCCGGCCGUGCUGGGGGCAGCUGUCAGCGACACGGUUCCUCGGUACCGCAACUUUCGCACUGUCGUGGACGUUGUCACGGAGCUCGUAGAGAAGAGCUCGUACCGCACGGUUGAGGCGCUAGCCACCGCCAUAGCGCGGACGGCCAUCAAGCAGUGCAAAGUGCCAAAGAUCACGGUUCGCGUGGAGAAGCCCAACGCUCUAGUCUUUGCUGCAUGCUCGGCUGUCGAGAUCACACGCUCGGUCGACGACUUCCCCACGGCUCCAGAUUCCAGGAACACUCCGAUUGGUUCUCCUACGCCCGUGCGUGCCGCCACGCCCGCUAUUGAUUCUCCUAGCAUCGGCGGGUUUGACGCAGCCACAGCAGCUAGCACACAGGCCUCGCCCGUAUUGCACUCGGCAUUCAUUGCCCUGGGCACAAACGUCGGAGACCGGUUGGCCAACCUGCACAAGGCACUGGCGUACCUCAACGCUGAUCUCCCCAUGUCACACGUUGCUGAGACCAGCUUCCUGUACGAGACCGCGCCCAUGUACGUGACCGACCAACCGGCGUUCCUCAACGCCGCAUGCCUGGUCAAGACCGAGCUCGAGCCACUCCAGCUCCUAGAUGAGCUCCAGCGCAUUGAGGCCAAGAUGGGCCGCGACUACAGCAUGUACCGCAAUGGGCCGCGAGUGAUCGACCUGGAUAUUCUGUUCUACGACGAGGCCGUCCUGAAAACAGAGCGGUUGACUGUCCCGCACCUGCUGCUGCAUGAGCGCCGGUUCCAGUUGGGCCCAUUGUGCGAUAUUGACAGAGACCUGAUGCACCAUCGGCUGGGGAAGACGGCGGGCGCGCUGUACCGCCAUCUGACGACGCACAGCGAUGUCCCCAACGACAUAGUCAGAGUGACGCCGCUCAAAACCCGCAGCCACGUUGGCAGCUCUGAUCCAAGCGGUGCUUCCGACGGCAGCGGGUGCGUGCUCAGGGCGCUGACGCCCGACACGCAGAAGGAGACAGUGUUCAUGGGCAUCCUGAACUGCACGCCUGACAGCUUCAGCGACGGCGGCGACUACGACUCCGUAGACAGGGCCGUUGGGCAUGUUCUGGAGCUCAUCAAGGCUGGCGCAGACAUUAUUGACAUUGGCGGGCAAUCGACUCGGCCCGGCGCGACACAGGUGGGCACAGCCGAGGAGAUCCGCCGCGUCGUCCCGGUCAUCCAGCGUGUCAGAGAGCAGGGCGUAGAUGUCCCGAUCUCCAUCGACACCUUUUCUGCCGCCGUCGCGGCGGCCGCGCUGGAUGCCGGCGCGGAUAUUGUCAAUGACGUGACAGGCGGGUGCUUUGACGCCGGCAUGCUGCCGCUUGUCGCCCAGCGACAGUGCCCGUACAUCCUGAUGCACAUGCGCGGCGACCCGUCGACCAUGACGCAGCUUAACGACUACAGCGACUACGGUGGCGACGUCAUCCGCGGCACCCGCUUUGAGCUCUCCCAGCGCGUGCGCGCGGCACUCGACCAGGGCGUUGCCCGGUGGAACAUCAUUCUGGAUCCAGGAAUCGGCUUUGCCAAGGAGGGUGCGCAGAACUUGAGGCUGCCCGAGCUCACCGCACGCAACAUCCGCGCCGUAGCUGCCUCCGACACCACCCAUAAGCGGGCGGCCCAGCUGGCCAAGAGUGGCGGCGGAGGCGAUGCCGGUGAGGGCGAGGAAGGGUUUAUUGACGAGGAUCUGGCGACCGAGCUCGUCAACUAUCCAGUCUUGGUCGGCAGCUCGCGCAAGCGCUUUAUUGGCAGUGCCACAGGCAAGACCGAUGCCAAGGACCGCGUGUGGGGGACAGCAGCCACAAUCACGGCCGCGGUCCAGGGAGGCGCGUCGAUUGUGCGCGUGCAUGAUGUGGCGGAGAUGGUCGACGUGGCUCGCGUCUCUGACCACAUCUACCGCCGCUGAGGGAACCGUAUACUUUUCCGUAACAUAUCCUUUCCUCGCUCUUAUUUUGCAUUGUUUGCAUUGUGUUAUGUAGAGUGACUUUAACA